AAUAAAAUAAGGUGGUAGCACUGGAGUAUUUUAUUCAAUUUAAUUUAUAUUGGGUAAUUGUGUUAUUUGUGGGUAUAGCUCGCUUCAAUAAUUUUAUCGAAUAAUGUUGAAGUGAUGAUUGAAUACUAUUGGUUUGGUGUCAUAUUUAAAGUAGUAUAAAUUCAUUUAUUUGGAUUACUAAACGGCAUAAUUCCAAAUGUCUAGAUGAAGUAUGCUGGUGCCUUGCUGUUUAUGUAGUUUUGUGUCUAAACGAACUUAAAUGGGCCCAUGAAUGGAAGGAAAUAAAGAAACUUAUAUGUAUAUAUUUUCCAGGUAAAAAUGCAGAAUGGAAUUUAUUAUAAAGAGAUAAAUACCGGCACUCAAUCAGACAUUAAUCCAAACUUCUCACCUGCCAAUGAAUUGGUGGCAUUUAAUCGUGAAAAAAUCAAUUACCAUUGUGAAGGUGUUGAUCUUAUAUUAAAAGAUCGACAUAAAUGGCACGGAGAUCGAAGCGAUUGGGAUGUGCAAAAUGGAAACCAGGCGAAGUGGUCACGUAACAAUAUCACUGCGACAAUGGAAAGAUUUGAACCUACAGGUGAUCCUCUUCCACCUCCACCUUCAUCUAAAUUUUUAGAUUAUGGACUUGCUGCCACCGUAGUUGCCUCGAUUAAAAAAGAAACAGAUGAUGUGAAAAUUGUAAAUCCUUUCAAUGGCGCAUCAAAUGAUAUUGAGUCUCUGGGCGCUGUUGGAUCAGUAGAUCACGUUUAUUCGUACGCUUAUUAUGAGUCUCGGGUAAUGAAAUGUAAUUCAAAUAUCUCUCAAAAAGAAAUAAUAGAAAAAUGUAAGAAUGAACAGAUCAGUUCCCGACGAAAUGUAUCCAAGGGGUUUCGUUAUAAAGCAAGUAAUGAGCAGAAAACAUAUUUAUCCUUGGAAGAUCGUCAUAGUUAUACAACUCAUUAUGGAACAACGGAAAAUUUGUAUGAAGAAGUUAACGAAAAAAAUGUAAAACAUGUUCAUUGUGAUAAUCAUAUAUCAAUAUCUGCAAAUAGCGUUAAAGAAGAAAUUUUACAAGUACAACGCAAUCACUUCCGAGUAAUAGAAGAGCUUAAUUUAUCACUGGAAACUUUUAUUAUGCCUCCUAACCUGACCUCGAACAACAUAGAGGAAACUGAAAGUAUUGUGCACUGUGGAGGUGCUGAAAGCAAUUUGUCGUCGGCUGUCGAAACCUCAAAUAAAAUAUUACCUCCGAAAAAUUGUAAAUCUGGUUUGAUAGGAGGACCUUCAUCUUCCUUAUCCAUUUCAGGUCAUCGCAGAAAAUUUUCAAGUACAAGCCUUGAAGAUAUUGUAGAGACUUUUCAAUCUAUGGACCUAAAAGAUAAUUCUCAACAUUCUUCUAAUAAUGUAGAAUUUGAUGAAGAAGAUUUGGACAGCGGAUUUAGUGGUAGUGUUAUUAGUAGCGGGGCUAGCUACAAUGAAAGCUUGCGGUACAAUAAAAGUAGAGGUGCGCCACAGACACGCAGCAACGCUUUUUCUAAAAGCUCGUGUUGUUCAUCCCCACCUUCGAAUGAGUUUUCCACAAAAAAUAAUGUGACAUCUCAACAAUCUACCUCUAUAACAAAUAAACGAUUUUGCGAAAAUUUGCUCCCAAGGAAAAAAGGUCAUGAAAUAACUCCAUUUAAUAAUUCCCAUCGUUAUUCCGAUAUGCAUCAUUUAUAUAUUCGUUCAACACCAGAAGCACUUUCAACUGGUUUUAAAUCUGGAAAUAACUUUUAAACUGAAAAUUCCUGAAGUUGUUAAUUAAUGCAACAUAAAUACAAAAAUAUACAUAAGUACAUAAGGGCGCAUGUUUAUGAUGUGAGGAGAUUCACUUAUGUGUUAUACUUAUAUUCCACAUGAGUAUCAUUGAACUAAAAUAAGCUUAAGAAAGCAUCUAAUUGUAUGAAUGUGGAAAAAUUCAGAAACCCGUAAAAGCUUUGUUUGUAUUUAUUAACAAAGUAAAUAUAAGUAAAUUUUAAAAUAAAUAUAAAGAAAUAAGACAAUUAUUUUCCCAAAAUAAAUAAAUAAAGCAACACAAAAAUUCGAAAUAAUCUGAAUUUUAACGAUAUAACUAAUGUAAGUAUUUAAAAACUGUCUUAAAGGAUUAAUGCAAAUUAUCUCGAAACUGUAAUGUUAUAUAAUAUGUUGUUUAUUUCCCAUGUCACACAACAUUACAAAACCGAACAUUUAUACUCUAAACAAUAUGCCGAGGAAAUAUCUUCAGAUCGUGACAAAACUUAAUUUUAAGAAAUGGAUCACAUUCAGAUUUAUUUAUUAUGAUAUUUGGAUGUGAUCCGCUUUGAUGAUUGGUGGAUCGCGAGUGAAUGUUACACGUUCUAUAAUUAUCAAGUCUGCACUUAUUUAAAAUAAAAUAAAAAAAUAGUUUUGCUUUAUUAUUUGUCUAAUUUUAUGUGUUUUUUUAAUGCUUAAAGAAAACUAAAGAAUUUAAAUGUCUAUAUAAUAUUCAAAGAAAACAUUAGAUCAAAAAAGUAGCAACCAUUGAAAAGAUUUCAUGAAUGAAAAUGAAAAUAAAUAUAUAUGAAUAUAAAGAAAUAAUAAAAUUUUAAUGAAAAUCGCACGGUCAUCCAAAAUCAAGAUUCAUUUGUUAGGUAACUGUUUAAAUGGUGUUCAAAAUUCCAAAAGGAUCGGUUGAAACAUGUAUGAAAAUACUUAUAACGUCGUCAAUUUCGCUCCAAUCGGCUUGUAAUGUUAACACAAUAAUAAUUAAUUGAAAUGUUAUGCAUUAAAACAAAAUUUUAAAUCCUUAUAUUAAGUAUGUGAAGGCUAUGGAAAGCAUUGACCCGAGCUUAAUCUUUUUUUGCACCAGCAUACAUUAUUACCAGGAAAAGGCGUUCUCUAUGUUUCAUAGUUGAUGUUCACAGAUUGACCGUUAUUUCGGUAAAUAGUAGACCAUAUACACUCAGGUUCACAUAUUCGGGUUUUGUUGGCGUAAUAAGUUAUAAUCCUAUUUCGACGGAAGAUUGAAUUUGCUGAUGUAGUUUCUGAUAUAGGAUUUAACCUAUAAUAGUCCGAUUACGACCAUCUGCCAACCUCUCAAUUAAGUCAUAGAUCAUUUAUAUAUGUAUAUGUUUCUGAUUAGCUUUAAGUGAACAAACAACCGUUAGGUAAACAAAAAAUUAUAUCCUUCAGAAACAUGUUGCAAGAGAAUAAAAACCGCAACACCAUAUCGUAAAAUUUGGGCAAUAAUUCUCAAAAUAUUUUUAAUACAAUGAAAAAAGAAAGUUGUAUGUUGUGAGAAUUCAAGAGAUUGAAGACUUGGUCAUUAGUAACUAUCGGAAUAGUAUACCAUAUUCAUAAGUAUACGUAUUGUCUAUACUCUUGCAAUAGCUAUGUAUGUGUUGUUAUUUUAUUUUUUGAAGUAAUUAUUAUUCAGAUGAUUCUCACAUGAAUUUAGAACACUUGCUUACGAUUCGAAAUAUAUUUUUUUAUUUAUGAUUUGUUUUGACUCUUAACAAAAAUAUAGUAUAAACUAUCUUAUUUUUUAAGUUGGAUUAAACUGAACAAACUGUGCUAAAUCUUGCUAAAGUCGGUUCAGUAAUUUAGGAGUUUACCCCGAAAGAACCGCGAUUUUUUUGUAAUGUUAGCUAUUUUGACAUUUCUUUUUAAAUUAAAAGCAUAGCACUUGUCUUUAUACAUACAAUUAUUUUCUUUAAAUUUUUUGCAAAUAUUCUUGCAAUAACUAAAAAAAGAAAUGAAUUUCCACCAUUUUCUUAGUUUUUUAUUGAUGCCUCUAUAUACACGUAUCUCAAUAAUCAAGUAAAACCUUACCUCUCUUUACCUUUUAAAUACGUUACACUAAUUAUAUCACGGAUUAUACUCCAUUAACAUUCCGACCAAAUGCAUCAUACCAUUAUUGUUAUGCACUUACCAUUAUAAUUUAUCUGGACACAUGAUUCAUAAUAUCAAAACCAGCUGUUUCUCUUGUAUUGUUUUAUCUAUGUACAUAUGUAUGUAUAUCUUUGUAUAUACAUAUGUAUGUAUAUAAAAGUGAAUCCUUUUUUCCCGUGGCCGCGGCAUCACGCGUGAAUGGUUGGACCGAUUUCGCUAAUUCUUUUUUUGUUGUAUUUGUUAUUAUUAGGAGAAGGUUUUUAUGUAAGAAAAAAUUACGAAAGUUGCGUCCAUAAUAUAAAAAUGAAUCUCAAAAUGUGUUGCUAAGCGCAUAACUCAACAAUGCCUGGACAAAUUUGACCAAUUCUGUUAUUUAAAUGUUCGUUGAAGUUCGAGAUGGUUUUUACGGCGAGAAAAAUUCGAAUAAUUACCGGAAAACCCCUAAAAACACCCCUUUUCUUUUCCCAAUACAAACGUAUUAUUUUGUAUGUAUGUAUGUAAUUAUGUAAGUAAAAAUGAAUGUUUGUUAGUAACGCUAGGGCUCGAGAACGGCUAAGCCAAUCUUUUUGAAAUUUUCAGAAGUUGUUCGCUGUGGAUCUAGAAAGGUUUAAAAAUAAAACCGAGGAGGGUUGCACUCCGGGAGUCCAGGCAGAAGUGAAAACUUGAACUUUUUUGGAUGAGCAUUUUUAGGUGCGCUCGCGACAUGAGAAAUUGUGCAUGAAAAAUCAAGUUUAUCAAAGCAAUGUGGGCACUUUUUGAAUGGACAUGAAGUAUAAUAAUAUAGAAA